AUGAGCCUUCCUCGUAUCUUCAAUCCCCCUACUGAAGAUGAACACUAUCUUCUCAGCUACGAUGAAAGACGUGCUUUAGCAAAGCUGCAUGUUCAUUUGUGUGGUGCUCGGAUCCGAACUGGAUACCGAUUGUUACUUAGUUCGGCAUCAAGCGUGCCGCCGGACACUUUGGCAAGAUGGCUCUCAUUGUUGGAAAGAGAGGCAUGCUGGUCAGCAGAGGAAGAUAACGAUAUUUUAAAAUCAACAAAACCAUGGGGCUACUGGUGGGAACCUGGACAUAAAGCCGACGAAGAUUGGAAAGUCUCUGAUGUCACAAUUGAGUCUCAGGUCAGAGAGUUUUGGAAUAAGAUUGUUCUCCCGCGAUAUGCAGAAGAGCUCAAGUUGAGCAAGAAAGGUGGUCCAUCUGAGUCUGCGGCACAAACCCAUUCCGCCGCUCCGGCGGCAGCACAGCACUCCGAAAGGCCCACGCCGGGAGCCAAUUACCCCGAUCAACCUUUGGCGGAUGCCCCUCACCCCAUUUCGUCAAUUUCCUCAGCUUUAAACCGUCAAAAAAGCUCCGGAAGUUCCAAAAAAACAGCUCCACAAGGUUCAGCAUCAAAGGCAAGGGAUAGCUUUCCUUCAGGACCUCAGGCCUCCAAACAACCUUCUGGAAGCCGCUCCGCUGCCCCGCCGGUUGCCAAUACUCGGGAUCAUAUGUCUCCCAUUGCCAUCUCGGACCAUAGGCCUCCCUACUGCCCCAAAUGCGGGCAGCCAAUUUUUACACGUGUUAUGAGAUCUUUGGCCAAUCUUCGUCUUAACCUUGCAGAUAUGAGGAAAACUGCUGAUGAAGCCGUAGCCCACUUUUCUGACCUGGUGGGCCGAUAUUCAAUCAUAGAAAACAUAGCUUACGAGUAUGGGAGGCCUCCUUUUGAGAAUAACUUUUCACUCCCCGACGAAUACAAGCUUCAGCAUCCAGAACACCCAAAAUCUGAUGGCUGGAACGCUCGUCUAUCCGAAAUGCAAUACAAUGCUCUUUCUCAAAUGAAUGAUGCCUCAUUCUGUAUUAAUGGCAUCUUUUAUUCAUUUGUCGCCUUGAAAGAGCUUCCUUUCCACCCCCCUUGGCUGUAUUCUACACCAAUAUCGAGGGUUGUCAACGUUCAAACGGCUCCGGAGACUGCCGCCGAAUCAUCGGAUCCAAACGUCAUCCCGGUCAAACCUUUUGCCGUUUCGGCUUCCAGUUCUUCCACAAACGAGGUAUUUGUUCUGGAUCCACGCGCAUCCUUGAACAAUUAUAGAGAAAAUAAUGACGACUGUGCGUCUUCCUCUUCUUCUGGCACAUCUGUUCCUGCAGAUUAUUUAGAACAAUUGGCAGAACAAAUUGAAGAUGAAGAAGAUUUUGAAGAGUUCUCGGACGUCAUGGAAGAUUCAGAAGUUUCUGAUGAUGAAACACAAUCUCAUAAUGACUGGAGCUAUGAAGAUGAAGAUCAAGAUGAUGAUCAAGACAGUAGUUACAAUUUAGAUAACAAUUUCAAUACUUCGCAAUGA